CACACACCGACACCACCAGCAUAGCACAUGCACACAGUACACGGCAGAAUAGAUCAGUAAACUCAAUGAACUGACGUUCGAGCAAAGUGUUGUGUGUUUCUUUUAUUUCUUUUUUCUUUCGAUUGAUUGUUGUUGUUUUCCUCUUUUUUUCCUCCACUUAUUUCUCAUCAUUUUGGAUUUUCUCAUGCAUUUAUUUUUGCUCUCUCUGUUUGUGGCCGCAUUAUAAGUUUGCAUUUUAAUCAAGAGUGGCAAUUAAUUUAGUACUUUCCGUUAAACGGUGGUCAUUUAGUUGACGAUACAAGAGUUGGAAUAAGUGCAUUUUGUGUGUCUAUUGCCUGUGAGAAUAAAUAGCAUCAGUGAGUGAUAGACAACGAUAGGCGACGACGGCGAUGACGGUGACGGCGACGACGACAAAGAAAAAUUAACCAAAAAAGAAUAAGAAGAAUCAACACCGUACCAAACACACAUUGUUUUUUUUUCCAUUACACUAAGACGACGGCGCUGGUUUAAUGUUUACUUUUUUUUCUGUUGUGCGUGAGAAUAGAAGUGUACACACAAAAAUUGAAGAAGAAGAAGAAGAAGAAGAAAUAUAAUGCGGAGAACGUACAUUAUGCGUGUGUGCAUUUUACAUGAGUUUUGUGCAGUAAAAACAAUUCACUGAUAUUUUAGUUGACCAAAGUCGCACCGAUUGCGACUCAUAUAGUUCCAACGAAACGAUCGUCGUAGAUAACUCUAUAUACAUACAUUGAUUUGUGGAUGAAAGAAGGUACUAUACAGUGUGUCCGUGUGUUCUUCAUGAAUAUCAAUAAAGUUCAAACAACUAUUGGAAUUUCUGUGUCGUACGCAUAAGAAUUUCGAUGAAAACAACUGAAAUGUCCGACGCAAAUAAUCGAAAUAAGACGCGUACGCCGAAUGUUUUCAAGAAUGCUGAUCGACCGUUGCCAUCGCCAACAGCGGGAUUGAUGAAGCUAAAUGAAAGUGCCCCGUUGUCACCCACUCUGUCGCCAAAUACGAAAUCGAUGAUAUCACAAAAAGUGCAGACACUCAAACAACGGAAGCAAGACUUGGACAAAUUGCUGCAAGAAAAAAAUAAUUUGUUACAGCAAUUGUGUCGCGAAGAAGCAAAAAUAAUUGGCUGCUCGACGUUCUCAUUGAAUGACAUAUCCACAUUUAGUGGGAUUGAUUGCGGUGAUGGGGGCGUAAAUAACAGCGACCGACUACAGUUGAAUAACAACAAUUCAACACUUCCACGACACAUUGACACUGGCUUUAAGCUACCAGAGAAUCUUUUGAACAGCAACGAAGACGACAUUAACCAAUUGAUGUUGAGCAAAAAGAUCCAACAGCAAAUAUCACAAGCUUCACUUAAACUCGCCAAUGAUGCUACGCAAACCAAAUCUGUUCGUCGUGCGCAUCGACAAAACUAUGAAGUGGCGCAACAAAAAAUUCAGAGUAUUAAUCAAACUCUAAGUAUUUUAAGAAGCCGUGCAAAUGCUGAUUCUAUCACAAACCGAGAUGAUAUUAAUCUUAACAAUAAUUUGGGAUAUUCGACAUCAAACAAUGUGAUUAACGGCAGCAAAAUCCAUAACAAUGACAUAAAAUCGAAACCAAACUUAAACGUUAGUUCGAUCAGUUUGGAAAACAACAAUGUUAUUCCGGAAAGGCGCAAUUCGGCCGUUUCAACAGGAUCGGCAUCUCAGUAUUUGGCCGCUACUGUAUCGAAAUCUCGACCACGAUGCGAUAGCUAUAGCGGCCAAACCAGUGUUCAAAGCUACGUAACAGCUGCAACAAGUAACAGUGACAAAAUGAUGCAUUCACCGAAUUACACGUACCAACAGCAGGUUCAAAUUCCGCAUCUGCAUUACAAAAGCCAUGCGGAUAAAAUCGCAUAUGUGACAAAUGCCGUUGCCAACGCAGCUGCUAAUGCGGUUCCCGUGACAAAUGGAAACUUGGUGGCUUCACCAAAAUACGGACGACUUAAGCCGCUUACAGUUGAUACCAGCAUAAAUGAAUCGUAUUACUAUCCGCCCAGCGGAAGUGCUAACCAUCAACAUCGAGCGCAACAUUUUCAACAGCACUACACACAACAUCAGCAUCAGCACAGGCAUAGUCCGUACACAAUGAGUCGAGCACACUUAACGCCAACCAAAGUGAAGCAUUCAUCGUCACACUUACAUGUGAACACAAAACCACCAAUCAGUGAUGAUGAAGAGGAUAUUGCCGGUCAAUAUGCUACUUUACUGACACUGUCCGAACAACCGAAACAAGGCUCUUUGCAUCAAGAUGCUGAAAAUCAAGAAUCCGAAACACAUUAUACAGAGAUUUUGUGCCGAAAGCCGUCAGCACCGCUGCCAUUGACUGAACGCAACCACUUCCAAACCAAAGACGUCAAUUUGUCCACGAAAAAUCAAGGACUGGGCGGAUAUUGGACCACCAAUGAGAACAACGAACGGAUUUGGUUAUCGGUUGAUAAUCGCUUCUCAAGUCUGGAUCGAAAAAGCCAGAAGAAUAAGAUGAAGAAGCAACAGGUGAUACGAAGUAUAAAUCAACCAACCAAAUCCACAUCUUUGGGCAAUUUCAAUUUUAUUAACAAAUCCGAUGACACACCCGUGACGACUCCAACGAUCAAUGCCGAACUAAAUGAUCCACGUCGUUUGAGCAAAGAGAAGCAAUGGACUGAAACGUCAUUGGAUACGCCAGUACGAAAAAUAGAGCAAAUCUCUCCGCAACUCGUUUCACCACCAAUUUACUAUCGUGAUAAGAACCGUUUGUCGUCCCAUUCCAUGCAUUCUCCAAAUCGGAAUGUGAUGUCUAUAGGAAAUUCGCACACGUUAACUUCACUUCAAACGCCGCACAUCUUGAGCAGUUUGUCAAAAGCGUUGAGCACAUCAGCGAAUGCUCUGUCGGGCGUUGAAAGUGUAUCAAGGAGUCAACCGCAACAGUUAUUGCCACAGCAGUCGUCUCCAUCCCCUUCACAACAGCCAUUUUAUCAUAAUUCGUCGAUACACCACGUGCCUUCAUUUGAUAAUAAUUCAACUCUACAAGUUAAUCCAAAUGUGCCUACACCGAAAUUACAGUCGCCUGAUGUGCCUUCAGCGGCCAAUUCAUUUUUAGAUAAUUCCAAUUGUUUCACAUCAAACAUUUCAUCGGCCGAUAUUCAAGUGGAAUCACCGAAAAACGUGACCAUCGUACAACCGGCCAAAUUUCAACCGUACAAAGAGGUGACAAAACCAUUUGAAAUGUCUGACUUUUAUAAAUAUUCGACGAAAUUUCGACAAAAAACCGCUUCAGCUAAUAUCAUGCAAUCGGAGAAUAAUUCACCAAAUUCACCGCAAUUACCACCCAAAAAUGCUAUGCACCAAGUGAAAAGUUCACACCGGCACAUGCACUCGAUAAGUGCAAAUGUGACUGAACCAACGUCACCCGCCUAUUCGGUCAACCAUUAACCACAAUAUGAAUCUGAGAAAAAUGGCAUUCGGCCGUGUAAUUUAUGAAGAAUGUUAGUGAAGAGUGUGGUUAACAUAAAAUGAAAAUAGUCUAUAUUAUCGGAAAAAAGACUUAAAAACAAUUUCGAUGUAAAUUUUUUGCAGCUAAUAGGCAGCCAUUUUUGAUACGUUUUUUUUUUCUCUAUCGUUUUAUAGGUAGAUUAAUUUUAAUAUUAUGAAGUAUUCGUAAGACAUUUACUUCAAUAGGAAAUCCGAUCUAAUUGUAUUGAUAUAAUGUAGUGUAAAUUUACAUUUUAAUGCAUUUUAUAAUAAAUUUUUGGAGAAGAAACUUUUUUCCACGUAA